GAUCGCCAUCUGCGAUGCCUCUGCAGAUGUCCCAGCUGCCAGUGCCUUCUGUGCGCGUGUUGCACACACGGCAGAACAGUGCUCCAAGCGUUGUAGCAGGAGCAACUGCGCAGCUUGAUCCCUUGCAAAACUCAGCAGCUUUUGUCCGAGGGACCUCUGACUCCAUGCGGCCGAUCUGGUCUCGGAUUCCUCCUGGUGCUGUGGUCCACCGAUACACAAUCAAUGAUCCUCGUUUCGCCAGACAAACGGUUUCAAGUCCUUUGCAAAAUGGGCGCCACUUUGUGCCUAGCGAUUGGAACGGAGGCCCGAGAAGUGGAGGAACCAUCACCCUUCCGGUGCGCCUCCGCACAGCACCGGCCACCAGAGAUUCCUCGCCGGUGCCUCCGCUGCCGGGUGCCUCUCCCGUGCCCGUGGUGGUAACGGUGGCGCCGGUGUCGCCGGUGGCGCCGGUGUCGCCGGUGGCGCCGGUGCUGGUGGCGGCAGCCGAAGCCCCGGUUGUGGAAGAUGCCAAGGCACCAGCAGCACCAGAGGCACCAGAGGCACCAGAGACCCUGGAGGUGCCAGAGACGGCUGAGGCGGCUGAUUUUUCGAAGCCCGAGAUGGCGGGUCCAACAUCCCAAGCCGAGGGAGCGCCGCCAGAAGCGGAACCGAAGGUGGUCCAACCUGCAGCUGGGGAUGAUUCUCCGGUGGUGAAACGUGCCUUGCUGCUACCCAAAGGCGCCGUGGAGGAGCGGCAGGAUCGACAGGACCCGUCGGAACCUCUGUCUCCACUCUCCGUGAGCUCCGAUCGGGUCUCGGCCGCACCUUCCGGCGAGUUCCCAGCGGGAAAAACACCAGCAAUCUCAGUGAAGCUAACAACGACCAUCACACCUGGAAAACCAGGUUGCUGUGAUGGUCUCCUGGUUUCCUGGCGAUACUUCAAAGAUAGUAUUGUUGGGCUACUGACCUUCAGGAGUUUCACGGAAGAUCGCGAGAAGUUUGAGCAGAUCGUGACCUUUCUGGGCUCGGUGCCGCUCUUUAAAAAGCAGCUCCCGACCUCGGAGCUCCCCAAAGUGGCGCAGAUGUUGGAGGAACACACCUGGAAACCCGACGAGAAACUGGUGUCCCAAGGCGACAUGGGCGACACUUUCUUCAUGAUCUAUGAGGGACAAGCCCUUUUGGUCGUUCGAGACGAUCAGGGAGAGGAGCAUCCCUGUGGCGUUCUUAGUGCUGGUGAUUACAUUGGAGGUCGAGCCAUUGUCACGGAGCAGAGGCACAUGGCCACGGUCAUUGCCUUGGGGCCGGACACGCUCGUGACGUUGUCGAUGUCCAAAAAGGUCUUUGAGGCGUCCGGCUUGAAGUCACAACUGCACUUCCCCAAGCGACCUGCCAUCGAAAUGGGAGCUGGAGGCUCUUGUAAUCAGCUCUCAGCCACAACACCGCUGUCACCGAAGAAAUUUCCCUCCGGAUUUCUUCCAGGUCCCAUGUUGAACGACGAACAGCAGAACUUCAUCAUUCGCUCCAUGAAGAACAACCCCAAUUUCCGUGCCUUUGUGGAUGGCCGCAGCGAACUGAGCCAUGAGGCAAUGAAGGAUAUCGUGUCGGACUCUGAGAUCCGCAAGGUGAAAGCGGGAAGCGCCGCGGCCAAGUUUGGAGAUCUUGGAGAUGAAUUCUUCGUCAUUGAGACAGGAAGCAUCGAGGUGGUCAUCACUACAGAAAAGAUGACUGCGCAGAAAUCUGGGACGUCAGCAGCAGCUGCUGCGGCGGCAUUUUCCAUGGCGGAUCGCAUCAGAAGGAAACAGGACUUUCUGAUGAAGUUGCACAUUCCGGUGGUGGAUAAGAGAAAGAAGAGACUCAAUCGCAGUUGCUCAGUCUUGACCAAGGAUCCCCGCCUGGAAGAGGAAGAAGAGUCCUCAAGGAAGAUGCCUGCGGCCUUUCGCAAAACCACCAGCAAUGAAGACAGGUCAAUUUGGGCAGCGACAUCGCUCCAAGGUUUCGCAAAACGAGGGCGUGCUUGCUCCAUAGAUGCACCUGAGCCUAUUGAGAAGGUGUUGAGCACGUUGCAUACCGGUGACAGCUUUGGGGAGCUUUCCUUGUUGUACAACAUUCGACGAGAGGCAACCUUCAGAGCCAAAGAAGACACGACUUUGUUUGUCAUCAACCGAAAGAUCUUCAAGGACAUUGCAGGUCGAGAUAAUGGUCGAAGGAAGUUCAAAGAUUAUUGCGAUUUGCUGGACGAGGUGGAUGUUCUGACUCCAUUGCUAAGGUCGCAAAGAAUGGAGUUAGCUGCCUAUGCCAACGAUCUCGUGAACUUCGAACCUGGUUGUCGUGUGCUUUUCCAAGGCAAAGUGCGGCAGAAACCUCUCUGGUAUGUGAUCCAUAAGGGCUCUGCCUGUGUGAAUCAAAGCAGCGAGGGCGGAAGUCGAACGAUUGCUGAGUUGACACGGGGUGCUACCUUUGGUGAGCGAUCUUUGAUGAGGGCCAAGACCACUGGUCAAUGCAUUUCCGAGGUGAAUGUAGAUGCAGGAGCCAGUGGUUUGACAUGCUUAACUUUUGACGGCGAGCUCAUCUACGACAUUUUCAGCAGUUUAGCUGGCAAUGACGCAUCGCUGCUCCCAAGUGAGGAUUGUGAUGCGAGUGAAUGGGAGCAGAUCAAAAGUUCGCGAUCCUUCACGAAGAUCCAAUGCACCAUCAGCCUAAAUUCCUUGAAAGAAGUGUGUAGAUUGGGACAAGGGGCCUUUGGCACCGUUUUCUUGGUGGAGGACGAAGACACCAACAAAACCUACGCCCUGAAGCGUGUUUCGAAGGGCCAUGCGUCCCGCUGCGGAACGUGCCAAUCCCUUUGCUGGGAGCGCGAUUUACUGAAUAUGCUGGACAGCGAUUUCCUUGUACGCCUUUAUCGCACGAUGAAGGAUCGACAGUUCGUAUAUUUUCUUUUGGAAGCAGCUUUGGGGGGCGAUCUUUAUGGCAUGUUCAGCAGCCAUCAAGAGAUUUUCCUUCAUGACGAACCCCGGGGCUCCACUUCAGCCUUCUAUGGAGGUUGCGUCAUUGCAGCCCUAGAGCACUUGCACGAGAGGAAGAUCAUCUACCGGGAUCUUAAGCCUGAGAACAUCAUGCUGGACUGCAGAGGUUACGGCAAAGUCUGUGACAUGGGCCUGGCACGUUUCGUGGUGGGCAAGACCAACACGCAGGCUGGGACUCCUGAUUACAUGGCGCCAGAGAUGAUCGAUCCACCACACUAUCAUGACAAUUCAGCCGAUUGGUGGUCACUUGGAGUGCUGAUGUUUGAGAUGUUGUGCCAACAGUUGCCCUUUGACGACGAAGAGUUGGAGGACACCGGAGAACGAUUACUGGCGAUCCGACGGAGCCAAGAGCAGCGACUGAACUUCCCCUCGCGCUGCCCUCCCAAGGGCCAGGCUUUUACGGCACGGCUGCUGAGGAAAUUACCACAUCGCCUGGGUGCGCAAGCAGGUGCUCCAGAGGUGCGUUCUCACUACUUUUUUGAUAGCUUUGACUUCUCUACCCUUCAUGCGCAAACCAUGAUGAGCCCAGUGGAAAGACCCUGGAAAGGGAAGGAUGAUGGUAACCAGCCAGAAGUGAGAUCACCUUGGCUACGUGGCUCCUGGUGCUUGAGCCCAGGAGAGGAAGAGAUUUUUGAAGCCUACGCUGAUGAUGGAAGUGGCUGGGACCAAGAAUUUUAG